AUGGCGACGUCGUCGGUGUACUACAAGUUCCGCUCGCAGCGCGAGCCCCAGCGGCUCACGUUCGACGGAACUGGUAUCAGUGUAUGGGACUUGAAACGUGAAAUUAUCCUUCAAAACAAAAUGGGGAAGGGAGCGGACUUUGAUUUGGCUGUGUACGACGCCGAUACCGAUGAGGAGUUCAAGGACGAUAAUGUCACGAUCCCCCGUGCAUCACAUGUCACUGUUCGGCGACUUCCUCCUUCAAAACCAGGCAGAGGUACUGCACAACUGUAUGUGGCUGAUCUCCAGGCACCGGUCGCGGGUGCUGCACAAGAGGCUUCGUCCAUCUCAACGAUGGGGGGUCAGAGCGUGAGCACACCAUACCGGGGCCCGAUGACCAAGCGCUUCGACGGGAAUGAUGAGCCUGCGAAUGUUGCGCCUAUUACAUCAUCGGCGAUCGAUAGCCAGCAGGAUGAGGCAUCAAAGAUUGCCGCCAUGUUUCAAGCUUCAAGCGAGCAAUGGGAAGAGACCCAAGCACGUAUGGCCAAUGCGACCUACCGGGAACGCAGUGGCAUGCCACGCCGAGGCCCGCCCCCCGGUCGGGGUGGCUACGCGGCUCCUGCGGUCGAGCGCCCGCCGCCGCCGCCCGGCUUUAUCUGCUACCGCUGUGGGCAAAAAGGGCACUGGAUUCAAGACUGCCCAACGAAUGACAACCCCGAGUACGAUAACCGCCGAUUCAAGCGGACGACGGGUAUUCCCAAGAGCAUGCUUCGCACGGUGGAGCAAUCGACAGCCGAGACCAUGUCUGGCGUCAUGGUCACGGCUGAUGGCUCAUAUGUGAUUGCGACGCCCGACGCAAGCUCCUGGCAGCGGAGCCGCGCGCGCUCACGACCACUGUCGAAAACGGAUGUGUACCAAUCGGUACCGUCAGAUCCAUCGUUAGCUUGCCCGUUGUGUAGCAAACUGCUGCGCGAGGCCGUCAAGACGAGUUGCUGUCAGACGUCAUUUUGUGAAGAAUGUGUCCAGACCUACCUAUUUGAGCACGACUUUGUGUGUCCCGAAUGUGAGAAGCGUAUCCCGGACCUUGAGAUGCUAAAGAUCGACGAUGUCAAGCGUAAACUCGUGCGUGAAUAUAUUGAUAAGGCCAUCGAGCGCAGCGAAGAGGCGCUCGAGCAGGGCACGGGCGUCGACGACGAAGCGGCACAGCAGGCGGCUGUAUCCGAGUUUGCCGCGGCAGGGACCGUGUCGAAGGCGUCCGAGGCGCCACAAGAUGACAAGAACGUGCCUGAUAGUGCGCCGGCGCCUGCUAAGCCCGCUGCGCCCGCUACACCUACGGCGUCCGCUGCACCCUCCGAUACCCCUGUGAUGCCGCCUGUCCCUCCCGGUGGCUUUAACCCAGUGUUUGUACAGCAACUGGUCACCAUGCUUCAGAAUCCUCAACUACCACCGCCUUUGCGAAUGCAGGCCCAAAUGCAACUGCAGUUCCAGCAGAUGCUCUUCUUCCAAGCAUGCGCGAGUGGCGCGCGACCACCUGGCAUGCCUGGGCCCCCCGCAGACGCAAAGCGCGCGGCACCCUCUGGCGGGCACACACCACCUGGCAAGCAGCCACGAUAUACCUAA